AUGCAGGUCCAGAAGAUGUCAGACUUGCCACCUGACAGAGUGUCACCAGAGCCACCAUUCACUCAUGUUGGUUUGGAUGUUUUCGGACCUUGGAUGGUGACUGCCCGUAGGACAAGAGGAGGGCAUGCUGAAAGUAUACGAUGGGCCGUCAUAUUCACUUGUCUGAGCACUAGAGCGGUGCACAUCGAGGUCAUAGAGACGAUGACCACUGCAAGCUUCAUCAAUGGACUCAGACGUUUCAGUGCCAUUAGAGGGCCCAUUAAAACAAUUCGAUCAGACCAGGGCACAAAUUUCAUUGGAGCCUGUAAAGAACUCAAACUCAACACAACUGAUCCUGAGUUGAAGACAUACCUUAAAGACAACAAGAGCACAUGGAUAUUCAACCCUCCCCACUCUUCCCACAUGGGCGGAGUGUGGGAGAGGAUGAUCGGCAUUGCUCGACGGAUUUUGGAUGCUCUUCUCCUCAAGCUGAAUCCAUCGUAUCUCACACAUGAGAUACUAGUCACUCUGAUGGCGGAAGUCACUGCCAUUAUGAACUCAAGACCAUUGGUCUCAGUGUCCUCUGACCCAGAAGCGCCAGCAGUUCUUACCCCAUCAAUGUUGUUGACACAUAAAAAGGAUACAUUGGCUGCACCUUCUGGGGAUUUUGAUGUUAACGAUCUUUCCAACAAACACUGGAGGAGAGUCCAAGCCCUUGCUGAUGCCUUUUGGAAAAGGUGGAGGCAGGAGUAUCUGACGACGCUUCAAACAAAGGGAAAAUGGAAUAUGGAGAAGCCCAACCUGCAAGUAGGAGAUGUGGUGCUGCUGAAGGACUCACAAAUGAAAAGAACUGAGUGGCCUACUGGACUUGUGGUUAAAACCUUUCCUAGUCGAGAUAAUACAGUGCGUAAGGUGGAGGUUAAAGUAGUCAAACAUGACAUUCCUAGAGUGUAUUUGCGUCCUAUUUCAGAGUUGAUUUUACUGUUCCAUGCAAAAAAUGUAUAG